CAAACAAUUCUCCAUCAAGUACCAACCCAUACCAACAAAUAAAAAUGCCAAUCCCAACCUCCACUGGAAUCACCGAAUCAGCCGUCAUCCCCGCUCCCCUCGCCUCCGUCUGGCACCUCAUCAAACUCGGCAAAUUCGCCGAUUUCUGGUCCGCGCUCAAGUCUUCGUCCGUGGUUAAGGAUACCUCGGAGGAGACUGAUAUCUACAAGUGGGAGUUUAAGGAUGGAACGGUUUGGGAGGUGAAGCAGGAGGAGCACUCUACUAUUGACCACUUCAUCACCUACUCCAUCAUCACCGCUGAGCCUUCUCUUACCUUCACCUCUGCUCUCGCCACCAUCCGUCUCUUUGCCAUCACCACAGGCAAGGACGAGGGUAGUACCUUCAUUCAGUGGUCUGGAUUGUUCUCUAGCGAUGCAGAUGCUGGCGUGAUCGAGGACGCGAGGUUCAAGAGGAAGGAGGCAUUGUCCGACCUGGCGAAGGCCGUGCAGAAGAAGUAAGGUCGAAGUUUGU